GGACACACAUUUGCAAUGAAUUGCAAUAACAACUUGUGAGUUCAGAGCAAAACAGAGUAUUUAGCAAAAAACAUUUAUUUUCUCACGUUGUUGUUGUUAUUGUUGUUAACGUUGUUUUUAAUUUUGAUUAAUUUAUGACAGCCUUAAAAAACAAUAGUCAACAAUAAUUUAGUUUUUAUAAGUAUUAAUUUUUUUAAAUUAGAUAAUUAUCUACCUAUACAAAUUAUUAAACUCUAAAUUGACAAGUCGACCAAGUAUCUUUUUGAAGAAUGGCAGGUCGUGUAAUUGCCACUGCCACUGUUCGUGCUGUCAAAGGAAAAAGGACAAUUCCAACUCGAGCUGCUCUCACUCUGACAUCAAGUGCAGUAAACAAAAUAAAAGACAUUUUAAAUGGAAAAUCAGAAUACAUUGGAUUAAAAAUUGGUGUACGUCAAAGAGGUUGUAAUGGAUUGAGUUAUACUCUUGAUUAUGCUGUUGACAAAAGUAAACUAGAUGAAGAAGUUGUACAAGAUGGUGUACGUGUUAUUAUUGAUAGAAAAGCACAGCUUUCAUUAUUAGGCACAGAAAUGGAUUAUAUUGAAGGAAAAUUAAGCUCUGAAUUUGUUUUCAAUAAUCCAAAUAUCAAAGGAACUUGUGGAUGUGGUGAAAGUUUUUCUGUUUAACAAUACAGUACUUAUUUUAUUAAUUUAUAAAUAGAAUUUUUUCUUUUUUGUUCUAAUAACAGUCACAAGUAUCUAUACUUGACUCAACGACAUAUUGACAAUUUGCCAAUGUUUAUUAUUUCAUAAAAAAAAUUAGACAAAUAGACAUUUAAUUGCAUCAUAAUUGUACAUAAUUAAGAUAAAAUUAUUUCAUAUGUGAUGCAUGUAAAAUAAAUAUAUUAAAAAUAUAAUUUAAGUGUACAAAUAUCUCAUAUUUGCAGUUGUUAAUUACACAAUUGUUUUUUUAGUUAAAAAUAUAUACUAUUUUACAUUUCAUAAAAAUUA